UAAGAUCUUUGGUCGGAAUGACGAUCUUCUGCAUUUGACACAAGCUCUUGGCCGCCGCGCUGGUAAACAUUGCUGGGACAGUAAAGUGGGAGACCCGUUCGCCCCACAUUUUUGUGUCAGUUUCACUACUUCAUCGCAAGUAACUGGAAACCCGGGCUGGGCGAGUUAGUUCUUCCAAUUCGCUCUGGUGUGUCGACAGAGUUGUUUGGUCUGAUGUGUUUGGUCUGAUGCCGAACGACUGAUAGUUGGAAAUUGGCGCGGAUUAUUUAUUUAUUUUGAACAGCAGCGGCGCCCGCCUUUUGUCGCUCCGGAUCGCGGAACACCUUUCCUACAGGAGCAGCGACAUAAGGCAGGCAGUCGGUGCCCGGUCCGAGGAUGCCCGCGGCGGCGGGGGACAGCAUGGACCACCCGGCUCCGGGAGCUCUCCGCAUUGCCACCUCGGAAAUUAACCUUCCAUUUUCGGUUGCCCAUGUUUCUCGAGAGUCGAUCCGGAAUUUCCACCACACCAAGAGGGUCGGAAGCUAUCUGAUUGGGAGGAAGUUAGGAGAGGGCUCUUUCGCCAAAGUUAGGGAAGGAUUACACGUUCUAACUGGUGAAAAGGUGGCUGUGAAGGUUAUUGACAAGAAGAAAGCCAAGAAAGAUUCCUAUGUGACAAAGAACCUGAGGAGAGAAGGGCAGAUUCACCAGAUGAUCAGGCACCCUAAUAUUACACAGCUUCUGGACAUACUUGAAACCGAAAACAGCUACUACUUGGUGAUGGAGCUGUGCAUAGGAGGCAAUUUAAUGCACAAAAUGUACGAUAGAAAGAUACUAGAAGAAACGGAGGUACGGCGAUAUAUCAGGCAGCUCACUCUCGCAGUGGAGCAUCUGCACCGCGCUGGAGUGGUCCACAGAGAUCUGAAGAUUGAAAACCUUUUACUCGACGAGGAAAACAAUAUAAAAUUAAUAGAUUUUGGAUUGAGCAACUGUGCUGGUAUAUUGGGUUAUUCAGACCCUUUCAGUACUCAGUGUGGAAGUCCAGCCUACGCAGCUCCAGAGCUUUUAGCACGGAAGAAGUAUGGUCCCAAGGUGGAUAUAUGGUCAAUUGGUGUGAACACCUAUGCAAUGCUGACUGGCACCUUACCUUUCACAGUGGAGCCAUUCAGCCUGAGAGCUUUGCAUCAGAAAAUGGUUGAUAAAGACCUCAAUCCCCUACCUGUACAUCUCUCAUCAGCUGCUAUUAAUUUUCUGCUGUCUUUACUGGAGCCUGACCCCAUCAAACGGCCAAACAUCCAACAGGUACUUUCCGACCGCUGGCUAAAUGACGACCCUCAAAGGACACCUACAUCAAGCACAGCUUACACAAACCGGCUUCAUCCCGAGGACUUGAACCAGAGUGUUAUGCUCCACAUGACUGAGAAAAUGGGAUAUAAACAUGCUGAGGUGGUAAACACAGUGCUGUCAAAUCGGGCCUCCCACACUCUUUCCAUCUACUUCCUGCUAAAUAGGAAAUUGGAUCAUUAUUUCAAAAGUGCUGCGAAACCAGACUUUGCAGAUGGUCUUUGCUACAAGAACAUAUUGCAUCAGUUGGAUAAAUACAGACUGAAGGAAGUACAGGAGGAAAAGAAGGCCAAGGAUUCAGGGAAAAGAAUGGAUGUUAUCCAGAAGCCUUUCUCCAGAAAGGCAGAGAAAAGUUUUGGAAUUUCAAAAUUCCAAAAUUCCAAAUUUCUUGCUCCAGUGAACCCCGGUAAUGUUGAUCAGACAGACAGAAAGGUCUCCAAAACUGAAAGAGGGUUGUCGCUGGAACCUUGCCGUCCUGUUGCAUCCAUUCCAGUCGGUGGAGCCAGAGCCAGCAAGAAUGGCUACAUCAAGUCACCUUCCUUGGAAGGUGAAUACUUGGAAAUGCACCGUACCCACCCAAGGACCCCUCUGCCUCUCAGGCAGCACGAGUCUCCGCCCCUGGGCUUGGUGAGGUCAAAAAGAAGAACAAAAGGUAUAUUUCCCAUCGUCAGCAAUGGGCACCCACCUGGCAUGGGACAAGAUCAAAUAGAGCUGGCUCCUCGGCAGAGAGGCUUGGUAUCUGCAGGAAUUUUCUCUUCCGCAGCCAACGAAGAACACGAGUGCUUGCGUCCCAUGAAACUUCCGAGCUACCCCGCCCACACCGUUCCAACGUAUGACGGGAAGAAAGAUCUUUUAAGGCCCCAGACGUCACCUCUUGGCCCAUUGGAUUCGCCGAACUCAAAAUCUCAUGAGCUGGCCAAUCCUUGUCUGGUCAAAAGCAGGGGCAAGUUUCCAAUGAUGGGCAUUGGGCAGAUGUUGAGAAAGCGGAACCAAACCUUACAGUCACGCACAGAAGGACCCACAGACGUGAAUGGUCACGAGACACCAAAACCAACUAUUAUACAGGAGAUAUUCUAUACUGCCAGCAAUCUACAACCCCAGUGUACUCUUCAUUCUUGAGCCAUAGACUGAGACAUGAUUUAUCUCUGGGAUGCAUGCACAAUGUUUGUGAAAUUGCUCAUUCAAUACACUAUAUAUAUAUUAUAUGAUUUUUUUUUCUCUAUAUGAUUUUUUUUUCUAUGAUAUUUUUACGUAAAUUCUCUCAGGAUCUCAUAAAAAAUAAUUAAUCUGAUUUUAUCAUGCUGAACUAAUUUGGUUCUUUAAGCCACAAAACCAUGAAAUUGUGUCAUUUAAAAUAACACAAAGCUGAUCCAUUCCCUGUACAAUAACCUUGGUCCGUUGAAUAUUAAAAAGAACAGGGAAAG